AUGGCACCCUCAGAUGAACUCGAGUAUCUGAAGCACCUCGUAGCGCAGCUCAAUGACAAAAUUCACGCGCUAGAGGCGAAGGCGAAAGCUUCUGUUUCUCCGACGCCUGCUCAACAGCUUAGGACUAUUCUUAUGGGUCCUCCUGGUGCUGGCAAGGGAACGCAAGCCCCACGGAUACGCGACGAUUUCUGCGUCUGCCACCUCGCAACGGGCGACAUGCUCCGCGAGCAGAUAGCCAAGAAAACCGAGUUGGGGAGGAUGGCUAAGAAAGUCAUGGAUGCCGGUGAACUCGUCACGGAUGAUAUCAUGGUCAACAUGAUCAAGGAUCAGCUUGAGAAUAACAAGGAGUGCAAGGACGGAUUCGUAUUGGACGGGUUCCCGAGGACCGUGCCUCAAGCUGAGAAACUCGAUUCCAUGCUCGAUUCCCGUGGUGAAAAGCUCGACAGCGUCGUCGAGCUUCUCAUCCCCGAUCAACUCCUCAUCUCCAGAAUCACCGGCCGUCUUAUUCACCCGGCUUCAGGGCGGACGUAUCACAGAGAAUUUCAUCCGCCUAAAAAACCUAUGGCGGAUGAUGUCACCGGCGAGCCGCUUAUCCAGCGGUCCGAUGACAACGUAGAAACGCUGCGUAAGCGUCUCGACACGUUCCACAAGCAGACUGGUCCUGUCGCAGCGUACUACAAAACAAAGGGCUUGUGGCAUGGUAUCGAUGCCGCUCAAAGUCCCAGCGUCGUUUGGGAUAAUCUUCGCCAAGUGUUCCGGGCUCCACCGGCAAAGUCGUAA